AUGGAUUUUUACAAAAAUAGAGCAGUUGAAGACUGGACUUGCAAAAACCUUGUAGAGUUUUAUCGUGAUACAUCAGGACAGCAAUCCCGUAAAAGAUUACUGGAUAGCAUAAACAAAGAUCUUAAAAAAGUCAAAGAGGCGAACUCUGAAUUUGACCCGACGCGUAAGAAAAAAGCUCAAAGAAUCAUUGACAACUGGAAAGAUUGGACCAUGACGGGCGAUGAUACAGGUUUCAAGUUCGAGUUUCAUCAGGUUCAACAACAAGUGCUCGCGACUGGUAAUACUGUGUCUAUUGAUAAUAUUGAUAAUCGUCGUCUAACUGGAAAACAUCGUCGAGAUGAUGGAGAAGAAACAGCAGAUGAAGCAGAUGUAGCCCUGCCGAAGAAGACGAAAAAGAUGAAAACUCCUCAAACAAAGAGACCGAAAGCCAUUAAUAAUUACGAAAGCGAAGAAGAUAAUGGAAACGGAAACGAACAGAAUGACAGCGAAAACGGAGAUGAACAAGAAGUCAAUACAUUUGCCAGCUUUGACCUUAUCUAUCAGAGUCUAAACCCGACACAAAUGUGGACACUGGAAUCAUCUGGUCGUAUCGUAGAGAAAGUCAUUUAUGAAUAUGCACGCACCUUAAGACAUGAAUCUUGUCUGCAUUCUUUUAUUAUUAACGAUGUCGAUAAGAAAACACGGGCUUUAUUUCGAAAUGACGAAUGGAAAGAAAUACUUUCUACCAACUUGAAGCAUGUGCCCAAAAUCGCUAAACCAAUUACUGAACUACUGAAAAAGUAUUCAGUAACUAAUUUACCCCUAUUUCGCAAAAUCAUUUUUGAACCCUUCCUGCCUAACAAUACUUCAUACUCCAAUGAAGAACAUUUUGACUUGAAUUAUAUUAAUCAUGCAUAUCGUGCUAUACAUACUCUUUGGGAAAAAAAUAACAACUUCACGCUGAACCCAUCAUCAAGAUUGGAAGGGUGGUAUCAACACAACAUAUGGAGUCCUCUCAUUGAUCCAGCAUUCCGCAACUUGGAGAUUGAUCUGAUAUGUGGUGAAG